AUGAAUAUUGUUAAGACAAUUAGAUAAGUAUUCUAAUUUUCAAGAGUCAGAUACUUUGUCUAAUAAAAAGAUCCAAGAAUCAACGCUGAGUAUCCUGAUUCCAAAGAAACUAAAAUCCCAAAUGUUUGUGCAAAUCCAGAAAAAUUGAGUGAAUAAGGAGAAUUUUGCAAAGUCACAGUAUAAGGAAAGGAUGUCACUUCCUCUGAAAAAUUGAGAAUAAAAGCUAAAGUGAAAAACUGUAAAGAAAUUAAUGGAAUCAUCGCAUAUAUUUGA